AUGAGAAGCUCGCUGCUGACACCGCAAAAAAGAAACGAGCUGCAGAUAAUUAGGCACAAGCACCACCACCACGACGGAAGCAAUAGCAUCAUACCCCUCUCUUCAACGCAACACCCCUCCACCCCACUUUCCCAGUCACCUCCCACGCCCACCCUCUAUUUGUACUCGUCCUCCUUCCCCCCUGCUCUUUUCUCCUCCCAAUUAUACCCAUUUUCCUCUCCAACUUCUGAGAUACCCCCCGCAACCAUGUCUUCCGGACAGACCUUCACUCUCAGCAACGGCGUCAAGAUCCCCGGCGUCGGCUUCGGCACCUUCGCCAGCGAGGGCGCCGUGGGCGAGACAUACAAGGCCGUCACCGUCGCCCUGCAGACCGGAUACCGUCACCUCGACUGUGCCUGGUACUACCUGAACGAGCAAGAGGUCGGUGACGCCCUCAGGGACUUCCUGAAGGCCAACCCGUCCGUCAAGCGUGAGGACAUCUUCAUCUGCACCAAGGUCUGGAACCACCUGCACCGCCCCGAGGAUGUCAAGUGGUCCCUCAACAACUCCCUCGAGCGGUUCGGACUCGACUACAUUGACCUGUUCCUUGUCCACUGGCCCAUUGCCGCCGAGAAGGAGACGCAGGAGAAGCCCAAGAUUGGCGCCGAUGGCAAGUACGUGAUCCUCAAGGAUCUCACUGAGAACCCCGAGCCCACCUGGAGGGCCGUGGAGGAACUCUACAAGGAGGGCAAGGCCCGUGCGAUCGGUGUGUCCAACUGGACCAUCCCCGAUCUGGAGAAGCUCUUCAAGUUCGCCGAGAUCAAGCCUCACGUCAACCAGAUCGAGAUCCACCCCUUCCUGCCCAACACCGAGCUGAUCGACUACUGCUUCAAGCACGACAUCCUGCCGGCGGCGUACUCGCCUCUGGGCUCCCAGAACCAGGUGCCCACGACCGGUGAGCGCGUCAGCGAGAACCAGACGCUGAACGACGUCGCCAAGAAGGGCGGCAACACCCUGGCCCAGGUGCUGAUUGCCUGGGGUCUUCGCCGCGGCUACGUGGUGCUCCCCAAGAGCUCGAACCCUGCUCGUAUCGAGUCCAACUUCAAGACCAUUGAGCUGUCGGAUGAGGAUUUCGAGGCGGUCAACAAGGUGGCCGAGGGCCGUCACUUCCGCUUCGUCAACAUGAAGGACACAUUUGGAUACGAUGUGUGGCCCGAGGAGACGGCCAAGAACCUGUCGGCUUAGAUAGAUUUAUGCGGGUCAUAAAUAUACAUGUCUACGGUGCAGCGGAUUAGCUGUUGACAUACAAUGAGCUACGUGUGGAUGAAAAACAAACCCCAAAAUAGCUAGCAGUUCAAGUCUAGUUACGAAUAAAUACAUACAAACAAAUCUGAUA